AUGACUGUCUCGAGUAACCCCAAAUUGGACACCUUCUAUCUCUUGUAUUUCCUUAUACACAUUCCAAUAACAGUUCUCGUUGAUAGUGCCUUAGUAAUUCCUCCGGCUUAUCGUUUGGCUAUCCAAACAAAGGUGUUGAACUUUCAUAUCAGUGAGAACAAGGAUUUCAUCUUGUUAUUGGCUCCUUCAUGGUUGAAGGUUGCCGGUUUUGUCGAGCUAAUUUUCCAACUUCCGGUGUUUUUCAUAGGCAUUUAUGCUUUGUGGAAUGACAUCAAGAAAUUCUAUCCAUUGUUGAUGACCUACGGCUUUAAUGCGUCUUUAACCACCCUAUUUUGUCUUUAUGAUAUCUAUAUUUACAAUAAUGGAUCAAGUGAUCUCUUGGGAUUCACCAUUACUCAAUCGGAUAGAUUAAAGUUAUUCUGGGUUUAUUUCCCAACAUUUCUUAUUCCAUUGGUUAUGUUCAUUGAUCUCACGAUUAGAAUUACCAAAAUGUUAUCCAAUUAUCAAGAAUUGCAAUCCCAGAAGAAAGAAAAUUGA